AUGCUAUGCAUCGAUUUCUCCGCUCUUACGUUGCUUUGGUUUCAAGUUCUUCCUGCAUGCAGGUGCAAGAAGCUCGCUCCAAGCGAUGCAUUGAAACCACCCGGUAGUAACUGCCUUGCUUACUGCUGCUCACUUACGCCAAAUGCCUCGUCGGACCGCCACGGCGAGUUGAAGCUAGCUCCAGCGUCCAGACAUGCUGCAUGCUUUCUGAGGGGCUGUUUCGGUACCUCGCUUGCCCUGCUUAAUCAAGUGCCAAUGAGGCUGGAGAGUAACCCCCACGCUACUGAUUGCGCAUAUUGUGCCACCAGGUGGUCAAGGUCCCGUCAUAUCACAAUAUAUGCAAUUCACGCUUCUGGUUCAAGCACAGCAGGCAAGUUCAAACUGCCAGGCAUUGCAUGCGGCAAUUGCAAACUGCAGCAACCAGCAUCAAUGCUUCAUGACGUCCGUGUAUUCUGCCUCUGA